CCUCCACGCUCACCCCUCCUCCGUGCUUGACUGCCGCUCCCAAACCCUCCAAAGAACUUCGCUUAGCCCCUCCCCGCAUUUCUGCAUUUACCACAGAUUCACAUCGGAAUUAGAUUUACCCUCGUACACCUGUGCGUUCAAGGUACAUCUGCCGAUUCAAGAGCCGCCCAUGUGCCGACGUCUUUUCCACGACGGAUGAUUUCCAUCGACGCUUAGGAUCAUGUACGAGAUAUAAAGGUAGAUCAAACAUAUAACCCAUGUGCCAUCGCCCCCAGACUCAACCCUUCUUUUUCAUUGAUAGCAUCUUCAUUUCUGGUCUUUUAAUCAGUGCCCCUCACCUUCUCACAGUUGUCACUCGGUCGAGCCUAGACCAAUCUCUUAAAUCCACCACACUCACAGAAGAAUCUUCAACGUCAUCGUCAUGGCCACCAACGGGGUCAACGGCACCAAUGGCACCAACGGUGUCAAGGCGCAGACCAGCAAAUAUGAUCCCAACUUCACAGCCCACGUCAUUGGCCUUAUGAGUGCCGAGACCAACCCCCGACACCGAGUUAUCCUCUCCUCACUAAUCACCCAUCUCCACGACUUUUGUCGAGAUGUCGAACUCACCCAAGACGAAUGGAUUAUUGGUGUCAACUAUGUCAACUCGAUUGGCCAAGCAUAUAAAAAGAACCGAAAUGAAGCCUGGAGAGUGUGCGAUGUUCUCGGUGUCGAAUCUCUCGUCGAUGAGAUCAACCACAAGAUUGUGACAGAAAAAGAGCUCAACCCCACAUCCUCCACCAUCCUCGGACCCUUCUGGUCGCCCGAGACCCCAUUCAGAGAGCUGGGUGGUUCCGUCGUGCAGGACAUGCCCAAGGACGGCGAACUCACCUUCUUCCACGGUGUCAUCAGCGACGCUGAGACUGGCAAGGGAAUCCCCAACGCCGUCUUGGAUAUGUGGCAAGCCAGCACCAACGGCAAAUACGAUGUUUUUGACCCCGAGAACCAGACCCGUCACAACCUGCGUGGCAAGUUCCGAACCGACGAGAACGGCAAGUUCUGGUUCUACUGCCUCAAGCCCACUGAAUAUGCCAUCGACACCUCCGGUCCCUCAGCUGAUCUCCUCCGACUCAUGGGCCGCCACCCUAACCGACCCGCUCACAUUCACAUCAUGGUCACUCACGACGACUUUGUCGGCGUCACCGCCCAAUUAUACCCCAACGAUGACCCCUGGCUCGAGACCGAUACCGUCUGCGCCGUCAAGGACGAUCUCCUCUUGAACUUCAAGCCCGUCACCAACGAGCCCAACGGUGCCGUUCUCGACUGCGAGUAUGACAUCCGUCUGCUCUCCAAGAAAUAUAAGCCAGACAACACAAUGUUGAUGGGCAAUGCCAACCAAAACAACUUUUAAAUUUUGGUUUCGACUUUUUUUACAAUCGCUUGCAGCGGAGCAAAAUGGUGGACGUGUUCAAUAACC